AUGGAUCCCAAUCCAUUCCCUCCACCCGCAAGAGGAAGGAGAGGCAGAGGGGGAAACUACCAUUUUGCUAACAUUGACAGGAACAAGCAGGGGCAAAUUGGAGGAACCGCCCAGAUCUGGAAGAACAUGAGGAACACAGGGAAGAAGUUCUGCCUAGGCCAUGUAGGGCGGAACCCAAGAUUGAUUACGCCCAACCAGAACAGGGGCAAAAUCUCCUCCCUAUUAAUGCCUUAA